UCAAUUUUCAAAAUCUUAAGAAGCGGACUCGCUCACCGAUUCGCCUUUCGAAAAAUUGCAACGGUAAAGACUCUCUCUCGUCGAGUCUCCGGGAAAGAGUAAGCGGAAGAAGAUCUGGAGAUUUAAGGAGAAAUGGCGUUCGCUAAGGCACCACGACUAAGUAAAGAUGAUGUCUUUGGAAAUCGAGCGGUGACUAGGAGUUUCAAAGUUUAUUCCGAUAAUCACAAGACUGAUCAAGCCUGUAUAGUUGGUGCUGCUGCGCACAAGACUCGUCUUCCUUUAAGGAAAAAACCUGUGACGAUUAGCAACGGAGCAGCCUCUAACACAAACAAUAUGAAGAAGGGAAUUUCAGCAAUCACAGGCCAGGACAAAAGCAGUAAUGAAAAUUCCGAGGAAAAUACUAAGGUCACAAGAAAAGUGUUGGCUGAUUUAAGUAAUCUUGGUGGGAACACUUUAAGGCCAGCACUGCCUGGCAAUAAUACGGUGAAAUGGAAGGGUGUAAAAUGUUCAAAUCCGCAAAGGAUUUCAGUUGGUUCUACCAGAGUCAAUGAUACUUCACUGAAAAAAUCUACCAAGGUGAACGAGAGUAAAAGAAUAACUGAAGUUGGAAACAAUGGCAUUUAUAAGACAGGUCACAAAAUCAUCAAAAACAGAACUCUGAGCCUUGAAUCAACUGCUGGUGGAACAAGAAAAUCUUUACCAGUUUUUAAAAGAACAAGCCUCACAGACAAGACCACAAAGAAGGAAAAUGUCUCAAGCUUAGAUUCAAAACAAUUGGGUCAAGGUCCAGCCAGUAAAGUCGGAAACAGAGCCCUCCCUCAGCUAAGCAGCACCAGAAGUUAUACUUGGAGAACCCGGACAAGUGUGGGAUCUAUACCAUCGGACCUCAACAACAAGAGUAAGAAUAACGUUCGUAUCCGAAGGAAAUCUAUCAAGAUCCAGACAACUCUAAAGACCUCGCUGCAAAACCGUAGCCCUCUUAAGAAGCCCCCGGUCGGCAGACGUAAAUCAGGAUCUGUUUCUUCAAUCCCUUCUACUGAAGAAGCCGCUUCGGCAUUGUCACUUCCGGAACAGGUUGAAACAAAAGGUCUGAAAGAAGAUAUUCAAGAAGGGAGUUCAUCCAAUGAAAAAACAGACGCAGUGACGAAAGUGUUGGAUGUUACAGCGAGGCCAAAAUCAAAACGUAGAAAGUCUUUCACGUCUCUACUAGUGACUGGAUUGAAGUUCGAUGGGAAGAACGAUGACACUGAACAGAAAGAAAAACUUCCUAGCAUUGAUGAUGAGUCCAAUCAGCUGGAAGUUGCAGAAUACGUGGACGACAUAUAUCAGUUCUAUUGGACUGCUGAGGCGUUAAAUCCAGCUUUGGGAUACUACUUGUCAACUCAAACAAAAGUUAGCCCAGUUACGCGUGGAAUUUUGAUCAACUGGCUUAUCGAAGUUCAUUUCAAAUUUCAUCUAAUGCAUGAGACUCUCUACCUCACAAUGAAUUUACUGGAUCGUUACCUCUCCCAAGUUCCAGUACAGAAAAAUGAGAUGCAAUUGAUUGGUCUUACUGCACUCUUGCUUGCAUCCAAAUACGAGGACUAUUGGCAUCCUAGGAUCAAAGAUUUGAUCAGCAUCUCCGCGGAAUCAUACACAAGACAACAAAUCCUGGGAAUGGAGAGGAUUAUGCUUAAACAGUUAAAGUUCCGUUUGAAUGAAGCGACCCCUUACGUUUUCAUGUUAAGGUUCCUUAAAGCUGCUCGAUCAAACAAGAAGCUUGAACAACUAGCCUUCUACCUGAUUGAACUGUGCUUGGUUGAGUAUGAAGCCUUGAAGUUCAAGCCGUCAUUGCUCUGCGCAUCAGCCAUCUAUGUAGCCCGCUGCACUUUGCGUAUGAAUCCAGUUUGGACCCCGCUCCUAAACAAUCAUACCCACUACAAUGUCUCUCAAAUGAAGGAUUGUUCAGACAUGAUCCUAAGGUUCCAUAAAGCUGCGAAGACAGGAAAACUGAGGGUCACUUAUGACAAGUACAUGAGUCCAGAUCGAAGUAACAUCGCACUCUUGAAACCCUUGGAUAAGCUUCCUCUUUAAGUCGAACUCUACUAAAGUCAUGGCGUGCCUCAGCUAAGGGAGAUGCAUCUACAUGGACUCUAGCCAGAUAUUAAGAAGGCUAAUGAUUAGGUGUGUUGUUUUUUGGUGUGCUUAACAAUGUUUUACUAUUUCAAAUGAUCAUAAAGACAAAACUCCAAUGUAUUGACAAAUUAGUAGUAUAAAGCUUCUGGAAUAACAUUGCACUUCUAUGA